AUGGGCCAUAUAUGGUCCGACGCAACAUUUAGCCCAUUAACUGCGCGCGGCAUCAACAAGGAAGCCGACAACAUCGCCAAGCGAGCGUCCCGCCGCAAGCCCAGAGCCCUGGUGUCUUCAAAGAAAGGCUCUUCAGGCCAUCAGCCGCGUCCCCCGCCGUUGUGCAUUUCAGAAGAGCAAGGGCGUGAGUUACUAGCUGAUGUCCAUGGGGGAGACUGCGGGCACCACUCCUCAUCGCGCACCCUCGCGGGUAAGGUGUUCCACUGCGGGUUCUACUGGCCCACGGCGCUCUCCGACGCCGCUGAGGUGGUCCAGUCCUGCGAAGCCUGCCAGUUCCAUGCCAAGCAAAUCCAUCAGCCCGUGCAAGGACUUCAGACAAUUCCACUCUCAUGGCCCUUCGUGUGGGCGGAGGUGGAGCCCGUGCACACCAUCCCAGCGGGAUCGACCGUCAAGAUCAUCAAGGGCCUCGUGAGCCGAUUUGGCAUCUCCAACCGUAUCAUCACCGACAACGGCUCCCAGUUUACGAGCGGCUUCUUCAGGUCAUACUGUGCCAACCCUGGUUCGCAGAUAUGCUAUGCUUUUGUGGCGCAACCGCGAAGCAACAGUCAAGCCGAGCACGCCAAUGCUAAGGCCCUCAAGGGCCUCAAGACUAGGAGCUUCAAGAAGAAGCUUGAGGCUUGCGGCAAGGGCUGGCUAGAUGAGCUACCGUCCAUGCUGUGGUCCAUGAGCACCACCUUGACUAAAUCCACCGGCAAGACCCCCUUCUUCCUCGUCUACGGGGCUGAGGCGAUCCUCCCCUCGGAGCUCAAGCAUGGUUCCCCGCGAGUCCUGGCAUUUGACGAGGCACGCCGGGACGACUCAUGGGAGGCCGAUCUUGUGCUCCUCAAGGAGGCCUGCCGCCAGGCCGCCCUUCGCGCCGCGAGAUACCAGCAGGCCUUGCGGCGCUACCACAGGCGCAACAUCCGCCCUCGCACUCUCGAGGUCGGGGACCUCAUCCUGCGGUGGAUCCUCUCCAGGGAGGGCCUCCACAAGCUCUCGCCCGUGUGGGAAGGCCCUUUCAGGGUCGCCCAGGUCUCCAGGCCAGUCGCUACACGCCUGGAAAUGGAGGAUGUAGUUCCUGUGCAGAACACUUGGAACAUCCAGCACCUCUGCAAGUUGGGUUGUACACGCCCUGGAGCCUCCUGGUGCGCCGCCCCAUGGCCUCGUGGGAUCUCCCACCCACGCCCAAGUGGAAGCCCCAUGCUCCGUGUUGGCGAAGCGGUUGAAUCGCGACCAUGCCCGCGCCCAAUUGGAAGCCCCAUGCUCCCCUCUAGUGGAACGAUCAAACAACGAUCAUGCCCACGCCCAAGUGGAAGCCCCAUGCUCCAUGCUAGUGGAACGAUCGAUGAAGGUGCCUGA